AUGCAGCAGGCAAAGAUGCAUCUUAGUUUGCUGGUGUUGGCAGCAGUUGGCUGCAGCUUUAUGAUGAGUUCAGUAAGCGCAAUGACCCACGUUGUUGGAGGAGGACAUGGCUGGCGUGUGCCUCUCAACCAAACCUUCUUCGAAGAAUGGGCUAAACCAAGAACCUUCGGUGUUGGCGACAAACUUGUUUUCCCAUACAGGCCGGGGUGGAACAACGUGGUAGUGGUUAAAAAGGAAGAGUUCGAGGCGUGCGGCCAAAAGGAUGUGAUUAACAUGUACUACAAUGGACCAACGAUUCUGAAGCUGAGAGAGAUUGGGGACUACUACUACUACUGUGGCGUUGGGAAGCAUUGUGAGGCUGGCCAGAAGCUCCAUAUCAAGAUCGUCGCCGGGGAGGGCUCGUCCGGUAGUGCUUUCCCUUUUAAACUUGUCUCUAAAGAGGCCGCUGCACCUACACCGGCUGCAAGUACACACGAUGUAACAUCGGCCUUAUCAUCGGCAACUUUCGCCGUUCAAAAUUUUGGCAUGGUUUUUGGUUUAUUAGCUUUCAGCUUGCUCUUGUUGUGA